UAUAUAUAUUCAAGAUGGAUCAGUUUAGAAGGCUUCUUAGCGUCAGUUUCUCACCUUCGAAAGCCUGUGAAACAGUCAGUAUAUUCAUUUUGAGACAAAUAUAUAUUUAUAUUCGACAUGACAUCGUUCAUUUGUGUUAAAAGUUGAAUAGAUCGGACUCGAAAUGCAAAAGUUCAAGUUCGAGUCCGAUUCCUUCAAAAAAUAUCCUAGUUUAAAUUGUAUUGUGAUUCUGUAAUGUUUACUAGUAAACAGUAAAAUGUCCUGCCAUGAUUUCUGAUACUAUUUGGUUAGUUAUACGUGGAGAAAAGAAAAGGAAAUUAAAUUCUUCGAUUUCAAGGAUGUGUUAUAUUUUUCUACUUAAUUAAACUAACUAGUUUGUUUCGAAAGAAAAAGUGUUACUUUCUAAUGUCUAUAUUUUCUAAUUAGAAACGGGAAACAUAUAUCUUUUCCUUGUAUUUUCUUCUUUCCCGUAUAUUUUCCAUAUAUCAAGCCCACAUAUAUCUUUUCAUUUUUCUUCUACUUUUUUAAUUGUUUGAAAGAUUAAACUCUCAUCUAUUAUAUCAUUUUUCUCCUGUAGUUUUAUCACUUCUUUCGAGAUAAACAAAUGUCUCGAGACAACUCGUCCUCUUCUGCUUUAUCUGAUAUACAGCAGAUAUUGACUAAAUUAGCUAUUUUACCAAUAAUGCACAAGUAUAUAAUGAUCAUUUUGUACUUAAUUGGAAAUAUUGGUUGUAUUUUAAAUGUAUUUAUAUUUCUUCAACAUCAGCUACGUUCAAAUCCAUGUUCAAUAUAUUUUUUGUCGUCGACUAUAAUUGAUUUUCUUAUAAUAAAUAAAUUUCUUCUUCUUGGUGUAUUGAAUGCAUGGGAUAAUACAAUAACUUCAUCUCCACGUAUCAGUUCAUUAUGGUGUAAAAUGUCUAAUUAUCUUCUGCUUAUUUUGCCAGUACUUUCAUCUACAUACAUUGUAUUGGCAUCAAUUGAUCGUUAUUGUACAAGUUCAUUAAAUCAUAAAAUUCGACAACUAAGUACAGCAAGAACAUCACGCAUAGCUGUUACAGUGACAUUCAUUGUUUGGGCAAUAUUCUCACUUCAUAUUCCAUUGACAUUUGAUAUUAUUAAUCGUACACCCGGAGAACCAAAAUCAUGUACAGUCCCAAAGAAUCACGACACAUUUGUAAUUAUAGUCAUAGCUUGUUCACGUAUUAUGUGA